GCGAGCGGCGUAGAUUCUGGCAUUGUUUGCACCGUACACACCCACUCUCUCUUCUCUUCUCGUCUCACCAUAUAAAAAUUUCAUUCACACUUAACCUCAAUUCACAUUCUCUUCAACUCUUGUUCUGGAACCGUCGCUGUUGAGACAAUGCCCACUAACGAAGACUUCCAAGGUGUUUCAAAUUGUUAUGUGUUCAAGAGCCGAUUGCAGGAAUAUGCACAGAAAGCGGGGUUGCCAACACCUGUUUACGAAACUAUUAAGGAAGGGCCUUCACAUGAACCUUCUUUCAGGUCAACAGUGAUAGUGAAUGAUGUUCGGUAUGAUUCUUUGCCUGGAUUUUUCAACCGGAAGGCCGCGGAACAGUCCGCGGCAGAAGUUGCUUUGAUGGAGUUGGCCAAAUCUAAUGCAGUUAAUCAAUCCAUCACUCAACCUGUUCAUGAAACAGGAUUAUGCAAGAAUUUACUUCAGGAAUAUGCACAGAAAAUGAACUAUGCAAUGCCUAUGUAUCAGUGCAAAAAGGAUGAAACACCAGGUCGAACAUCAGUAUUUUCAUGUACAGUUGACAUUGGGGGAAUUCUCUAUAUUGGAGGAGCAGCAAAAACAAAGAAGGAGGCAGAGAUAAAAGCUGCUAGAACCGCUUUAUUAGCUAUCCAGUCAAGUGCAUCUCAUGCUUCCCAAAACCAGGUUGGCCAUUCACAGUUGACAGUCAUUCCAAGCAGAAAAAGGCCAACAGAAUCUGCUGCCACAGCUGACGAGAAUACAAAUCCCCCAAAGCCCAAGAAAGCGCGGUUUAAAAAGAAAUCUUCAAAGAGGAAACCCUGUAGGGAUAAGGUGGUCCAAAUUCAUGCUGAAAAUGUGGGGAUUGGUGCAAAUAUCAAUCAUGAGGUAGAAACUCAUGCAAGUGUUAAUGGUGAAUCUAGCAUCCAGGAAAUGAAAUAUGAAAGGUUCACUUCAGAAGCCAUGAAGAAUUUUGAGAAUGGAAUAUAUCGUGAGAAAGAAACAUUGGCUCGGGAGGGUUCUUUUGCUCUGAACAGCCAAGAAGGGAUUGUUGAAAAUGGUAAGUCAGCAGAAUUAUAUUCUAAGGAGAACAAUAAUUUUGGGACUGUUGUUACAGAACUAUCUUCUGUGUCUAAUGGAGACAUACUGGAAAUAAGUGUGGAGAUAAACAAACAGCAAUACAGUGGAGAAACCACUAAUGGAGGCACACCAAAAACAAGUGUGGAGAUGAACAAACAACAAUACACUGGUGAAAUCACUAAUGGAAGCAUGCUGGAAUUAAGCGUGGAGAUGAACAAACAGCAAUACAAUGGAGAAAUCACUAAUAGAGACAUACCAGAAAUAAGUUUGGAGAUGAACAAACAGCAAUACAGCGGAGAAAUCACUAAUGGGGACAUACCAAAAAUAAGUGGGGAGAUGAACAAACAGCAAUACCAUGGAGAAACGAUUUCUGACCAAUGUAUUGUGGGGGGUUGAAGAGAGUUUUAAAUUAUUAGAAUGAAAGAAAGGAUCGAAGCAAUUGCAGUCAUUUGUUAGUGUUAGGAACCUUGAGGAUUCCAACUGUUUUUCUUUGUUGGGUGUCACUCAAUUAGGAAAGUAAAAUAUAGGAUGCGAUGAUUCUCAAAGCAAGUUGAUAAUUUAAUGAUGGUGUUUAACACCAUUUAUUUAUAUUGUAUUAGUAUUUUUGAGUUAUCAGCUCCAUUUGUCCGCGACAUGGGACAUAGAUUUGGAAUGGGUUUGAGUUUAUAUAAAAAACUGCUAUUUUCUUUUGGA